AUGAUAACAGUUGCUAAGCCACUCAUCUUUGCUGAGAAUAUGCAACGUUAUUGUUUUACUACUGGUUUAUACUUUUUCGAUAAUAUUCUGUUGAUUUAUGUAUUAAAAAAUAUUGAAUCAAAUCAGGAGUCAGCUACUGUAGAAUCCAAUCAGUUUGAAAUAAAUAAUCCUUCAUUGACUAUCAGUUCAUCUAGUUGUAAAAUAGAGAAUAUUGAAUAUGAUAAAAUUGAUGAAAAUUGUAGUGUUCAGUCAAAUGUAGAAGAAGAAGAGAGUUUAUUUUCUAAUAUCAGUCAACUUUCUAGUGGAAUAUAUUCUGCAUUGAAGGAAACUAUUGAUAAAGUUGAUUUGGCCUUCUGUGAUUUACAAUUCUCUCAAAAGCAGUUACAAGAUCAGUUGAUUGGAUUAGACCAAGCAAUUGGUCGUCUAGCAAACGCUGAAGAAAGCCCUCUAAAUUUAGAACCUCUUACAGUUGUACUACAGGAGUAUAAGCAACGCGUUUUAAAAGUACACAAUUCUUUACGUCACUCACAGGAUAGAGUCAAUCGUCUGCGCCACAAUUUACAAGCGAAGAAACUCCAUUCUUGA